CCCCUCCGCCCCCCGGGCCGGAGGGUGGGGUCUCCCCGCUCCGCCUCCCGCUCCUCCCCCGACCAGGCGAUGAGGUAAUCGCGUCGCCGAGAGGCACGCGCAGCCGGUGCCUGCCCAGCCGGUCGGUCCCGCACCCCGAUCCCUGGCCCCGCCGGCCGCUGCCCCCCUGGCCCGGCCCACCCAGCCCCGGCCCGGCCCGGCCCGCUGCACCAUGACCGAGCGCUGCAGCUUGUGGAGCGCGCUGUCGGCCGCUGCUUGCUGCUUCUACCGGGGCUCCUUCGUGCAGGUGCAGUUCUCCAAGGAGAAGUACAUCUUGGACUCGUCCCCAGAGAAGUUACACAAGGAGCUGGAGGAAGAGCUUAAGCUCAGCAGCACAGAUCUCCGCAGCCAUGCCUGGUACCACGGCCGCAUCCCCCGAGAGGUCUCGGAGACCCUGGUCCAGCGCAAUGGUGACUUUCUCAUUCGGGACUCCCUCACCAGCUUGGGUGACUACGUGCUCACAUGCCGCUGGCGCAACCAGGCUCUGCAUUUCAAGAUCAAUAAGGUGGUGGUGAAGGCGGGUGAGAGCUACACGCACAUCCAAUACCUGUUCGAGCAGGAGAGCUUCGACCAUGUGCCUGCUCUGGUUCGCUAUCAUGUGGGCAGCCGCAAGGCUGUGUCGGAGCAGAGUGGAGCUAUCAUCUACUGCCCCGUCAACCGCACCUUCCCUCUGCGUUACCUGGAGGCCAGCUAUGGCCUAAGUCCGGGCAGCAGCAAGGCGACUGGUCCCGGCAGUCCCGCCGGCACCAAGGGCAGUUACAUGAAGCGGCGCAGUGUCACCAUGACCGAUGGGCUAACGGCUGACAAGGCCACUCGAGGCGAAGGCAGCCCUGCCAGUUCAUCACUGCCCCACCCCAGGGAACCCAUCCGCAACUGUGCCCUCAGCAUGGACCAGAUCCCGGACCUGCACUCACCCAUGACCCCCAUCUCUGAGAGCCCCAGUUCCCCAGCCUACAGUACUGUGACCCGCAUCCACACUGCCCCUACGGCCCCCUCUGCCACGGCGCUGCCUGCUUCCCCUGUCUCUCGCCGCUCCAGCGAGCCCCAGCUGUGUCCUGGAAGUACUCCCAAACCCCUUGGGGAAUCGGACAAGGGCUCUUAUGCCAGCCCCUCCCACACCCUCUGCAAGGCCUCCCCAUCCCCAUCACUCAGCAGCUACAGUGACUCAGAUUCGGGCCAUUAUUGCCAGCUCCAGCCCGUAGUUCGCAGCAGCCGUGAGUGGCCAGUCUCAGACACCUCCAGCCGGCAGACCCGGAGCUAUGGGGAGAAGUUUAAGGAACAGUCGGAGAAUGGGGACCCCGAGGUGGACUGUGGCAGGACCUCCAUGGCCCCCGUGGUGGAAGCUGUCUCCUCCUUCAACCCUGCCACCUUCCAGUCCCUCCUGAUCCCCAAGGAGAACCGGCCCCUGGAGGUGGGCCUCCUGCGGAAGGUCAAGGAGCUGCUGGCCGACGUGGACGUUCGGACCCUAGCGCAGCAUGUCACCAAGGCCGACUGCCUGGUUGCCAGGAUACUGGGCGUUACCAAGGAGAUGCAGACCCUAAUGGGUGUCCGCUGGGGCGUGGAGCUGCUCACCCUCCCGCAUGGCAGGCAGCUCCGACUGGACCUGCUGGAAAGGUUCCACACCAUGUCCAUCACGCUGGCCGUGGACAUCCUGGGCUGCACAGGCUCCGCCGAGGAACGGGCCGCGCUCCUAUACAAGACCAUCCAGCUGGCGGCUGAGCUCAGGGGCACCAUGGGCAACAUGUUCAGUUUUGCAGCGGUGAUGGGCGCCCUGGAUAUGGCUCAGAUUGCUCGACUGGAGCAGACGUGGGUGAUGCUGCGGCAGCGACACACGGAAGGGGCCAUCCUCUACGAGAAGAAGCUCAAACCCUUCCUCAAGAGCCUCAACGAAGGCAAAGAUGGGCUCCCACUGAGCAAUACCACAUUCCCUCAUGUGCUGCCUCUGAUCACUCUGCUGGAGUGUGAUUCUGCACCAGCCGAAGGCCCCGAGCCCUGGGGCAGCACCGAGCAUGGUGUGGAGGUAGUGCUGGCACAUUUAGAAGCUGCUCGUAUCAUGGCCCAUCACGGAGGCCUGUACCACACCAACGCCGAGGCCAAGCUACAGGGAUUCCAGCCCCGGCCGGAGCUCCUGGAAAUCUUCAGCACCGAGUUCCAGAUGCGCCUGCUGUGGGGCAGCCAGGGUGCCGCCAGCAGCCAGGCCAGACGCUACGAGAAGUUCGACAAGGUUCUCACCGCCUUGAGCCACAAGCUGGAGCCUGCAGUCCGCUCUAGCGAACUCUGACCCCAAGAACCCCGGGCUGGGGUCACCAGAGAGGGACCCAUGCCCAGCCUCCUCAUCAGGACACUGUGAUCAGCCUCAGAAUGUUCUGGGCAUGACCCCAAACUCUCACUGCAGCUCAGGGGGCUCUGGACUCCGUCCCUCCUGCAUCACAUUGCAGUACUUUCUCUGGGAAGACCCUGAGCUGCCUGGGCUCCUCCAGCCUCUCCCUCUCCCCUGCCUGCUGAGGUGCUCUGGGGGACUCCCCUAGUCUCCCCCUCUCCUCUAGGCUCCCACAUGGCUGUACAUACGUCUGUCCUGUAAAAAGAUGUACAGAACCCAUGCCCUUUCUUUCAUAAAAUAAACUUUUAUGACUCUUU